AUGGCUCCGCCGCGUCCAGCACCAAAGAACGCGAUCAAACCUCCGCCUCACCGCAAACGCAUCAUCGUCGCCAUGACAGGCGCCAGCGGCGCCAUUCUGGGCGUCAGGGUGCUCAUGGCCCUCCGCCACUUGAACGUCGAGACGCACCUCAUCAUGAGCAAAUGGGCCAGGCACACAAUCGACUCCGAGGUGAUCGGCUGGGAUUCUACAAAGCUACAUAACUACGCACAACACGUCUAUGACAUUGACGACAUGGAAGCCCGCAUCGCCAGCGGCUCGUUCCGCGUCGACGGCAUGAUCGUCGUGCCGUGCAGCAUGAAGACGCUGGCGGCCAUCUACAACGGCCUAUGCGACAACGUCAUUACGCGAGCGGCCGAUGUGUGUCUCAAAGAGCGCCGCCGGCUGGUGCUGGUGACGCGGGAGACGCCCCUGAGCGAGAUUCACCUGCGCAACAUGCUCGGCGUGACGCGAGCGGGCGCCGUCGUGUUUCCCCCCUGCGCCGGCGUUUUACACAGGGGAGACUUCGGUGGACGGUCUGGUGAAUAG